CCACAUGCAGUUGCAGAAUUGUAAACAGAAUCCAGUACCGUCACAAUGUUGUUCGUGGUCUGUAUUCUCGUGUCAAUGUCCUGCAGCCUUGCAUUUCCAAGACGACCAAUUAAUCAAGGCAACAGUCUUUCCGAUGAGGAAUUUGCAGAGGAUUAUUUAGGCAAAUUCUAUCCAUCAAGCUCUGCAGCACAAUCAUUCGAUGAAAGAAUCAAAGAAAUGCAGAAAUUCUUUGGAAUGAAAGUUACAGGAAGAUUGACCAAAGACACCAUGGACAUGAUGAAGAGGCCAAGAUGUGGCAUGCCAGACGUGGCAGAAUUUACCCUGUUCACUGGGAGACCGAGGUGGCAAACCACCUCCCUCACAUACAGAAUCCUGAAUUAUACCCCUGAUCUCCCUGUCCCAGCGGUUAAUGAUGCAAUUGCAAGAGCUUUUAAGGUGUGGAGUGAGGUGACACCACUGACUUUCAGGAUGAUUACAACAGGACGAGCAGAUAUUUUCAUUCAAUUUUCACAAGGCACUCAUGGUGAUUCAAAUCCAUUUGAUGGUCCAAGCAAUGUAUUGGCUCAUGCAUAUGCCCCUGGAAAUGGUAUUGGAGGAGAUGCUCACUUUGAUGAAGGAGAACGUUGGUCAAGUUCUAAUUUAGGUAUUAACUUGUUUCUGGUUGCUGCACAUGAAUUUGGCCAUUCGAUGGGGCUAGGUCACUCCACUGAUCGAGCAGCUUUAAUGUUUCCUACAUACAGCUUUGUAAACCCAAAUAACUUCCGCCUGAGUCAGGACGACAUCAACGGGAUACAAACAUUGUAUGGCAGGAGACGCUGAGAUGAUAAUUAAUAUAACUAAUUUUAUUGCUACAUUUGGUGGGUCAGUGGUUAUGUAACUAAAAUAAAUUCAACUUGCUCAA